UGCGCGAUGGUCUGUUGUCGAAUCUACUGUCGGCCCGGUGCCCUAUAUAAAGAUCACCACCGCCGGCCUUGGCUUUUGUCCACCAUGUCAGUCACUGCGCCUUCACCAUGGACCCCGAAUCUUCCACCGCCAGUCCGGAUCAAUCCCUUCAUGAAAUCCAGCAUGACAUCGAGAAAGCAGCCCCCUCCCCACCGCCGGUUGCGGAUCCGAAUCUGGUGACGUGGGAACCUGGCGACAAGGAAAAUCCGCAUACGUGGAGUCCGACGCGGCGGUGGGUGGUCACACUGGUGCUGAACACGCUGCCACUGUUUGUCAAUAUCGGGUCCAGCAUCCUCAGUGGCUCGUCGGCCGACAUGGAGAAGGAAUACCACGUAUCUUCCGAAGUCACGAUCCUGAUCACCAGUUUAUUUCUGCUGGGCUUCACCUUUGGCCCGCUCAUGUUCGGCCCGCUGUCGGAACGCAUCGGGCGCAAAAUCCCCAUCACCAUCGGCGUGACCCUCUUUGCGACCUUCUGCAUCCCGAUCGCAGUGGCCCAAAACUACUACACCAUCAUGAUCAGUCGCUUCUUCAGCGGUCUGUUCGGCUCCGCCGCCAUGGCCGUCACCGGCGGCGCCAUCGCCGACAUCUGGCCGGACCCGAUCAUCCGCGGCGUGGGCAUGGACAUCUUCAUCCUGACCGGUUUCUUUGGGCCCAUCAUCGGCCCUAUCAUCGGCAACUUUAUCACCCAGAGCUAUCUGGGCUGGCGGUGGGUCAUGUGGGUGACCGCGAUUGUUGCAUACGCCUUCAUCAUUGUCGCCUUCUUUGUCGUCCCCGAGACAUACGCUCCGGUCCUGCUGACCCGCAAAGCUGCCCGGUUGCGUCUGCAGACGAAACAGUGGGCGCUGCAUAGUCGCCUCGAGGAGAGCGACACGGACGCGAAAACCUUUGCCAAGGCGUAUCUGCUGCGACCGUGGGUGUUGCUGGCGACGGAGCCGAUAUAUCUGGUGGUCACGAUUUACAUGGCAUUUGUGUACGGUCUCCUCUUCCUCUUCUUCGAAGGCUUUCCGAUCGCAUUCGAGCAGGUCCGUGGCUGGCGGCCACAGAUCGCGGCUCUACCCUUCCUGGGCCUGGCGAUCGGGGUCAUCAUCGCGGGCGUCGCCAUUAUCUGGUACACCAUGACCGUCUACAAACGACAGAUCCAGUCAACGCCAGGACUGUCGGUCCCGGAACGUCGCCUCCCGCCGAUGAUGGUAGGCGCGGUGCUGCUGCCUCCAGGCAUGUUCUGGGCCGCCUGGACCAGCCACGCAUCCACCCCGUGGCCCGCGCAAGUGGCCGCCUACAUCAUCGUGGGAGCGUGUCUGUUCACCAUUUUCGUGCAGGGCUUCAAGUACAUCGUGGACGUGUAUUUGAAUGUCGCCAACAGUGCCAUCUCGGGCAAUACCUUUCUGCGUAGCUUCUUCGGGGCCGGGUUUCCGCUGUUUUCACCCGCGCUGUACCACAACCUGGGGGUGCCGUGGGCGACCAGUCUGCUGGGGUUUAUCGCGCUGGCUCUGGCGCCGGUGCCGUUUUUGUUUUUCUUUUACGGCAAGAAGAUUCGGUCGUAUUCGAAGAAUGCGUUGGUGGAUGCGUAGUGCAUGAAGGAUUCGGGGGUAAAAGGCCGAGGCGCGCUUCUCGGGCCGUUCGGAC